UGCUUCUCUUCCCCCAAUUCAAUUUUCUGCAAAAAAAAUUGGGUGAAGAGUGAUAUGGAAAGGGUAACAGAGAAAGAGAUUGGUAGUAGUAGUAGUACUAGUAGUAGUAGUAAUAGGAAACAAAUCCCAGAUUCAGUGAUGGAAGCAGUGAACAGAACCUCAAAAAACAUUGACGAUUUGAGUAGUAAUGUAGACGAAUUUCUCUCUCUUUAUGGUGCUGGUGUUUUUCCCGAUUUGGGUCCUCUUCAACAAGCUCAAUCUUUGAUUUUGCUAGCUAAAGCUACAACAACACUCUUUGCAUUGAGGCUUAGGUGUAAAGGGAUCAACCCAGAUGACCGCCCUGUCAAAUUAGAGUUUGAACGUUUGAGCUUGUUCCAAGAGAAACUGCAGGAAUUGAUGGCCUUGAAUAAAGCGCCAUUGCGACCAUCAGCAAGGAUAAAUCCGCAAGGUGCCGCUCGAUUUAUCGAGCAUUCGUUGCCUGAUCUUACACCUGAUCAGAGAAAAAGCAUGAGAGAAAUCAGUAAAGGUGACGGGCCUAGGAUUAAGUAUCUGGAAAGAGUUGUUCAUAAGAAGAGGAAGUAUCCCGAGCAGCAAUCUGUUCGAAAUGCUACCCAGGAGUUUCUUGAGAAAGCUGCCCGUGAGCUUCUUGGUGAAAACCAGAGUGGUUUUAAGGGACCUUUACAACUGCCGGAGGGUGAUGGUGAAGACGUACCUAUGAGCUGAUUUUCUGAAACUCUCUUUUGCUGAUGAAGCCCAGAUUUUGUGCUGAUGAGCUUUUCAAGCAUUUUGUUCGAGUUCCAACCUAUGACGAAGAUACUCAGAUUAUACGCAAGCUUUGCAGCAAUUGCUACUUUUGCCGCUGAUCGUUGAUGCAAGUUAAAAUUUAAUAGAGUUUGCUUUCGGUAUUCAGCUAUGAAUCCAAAGUUACUCCUUUUUCUGUAAGGUUUGUUUAUUGCAAGAGAAAGCUGGCAGUUAUAUGUACAAUAGUGCAGCAAAAAACUAUCGUUUUGUAGUUUCAUUUGUUUUCCAUAGAUCCUCUGGCAGUAGGAGCAAAAAGCUGGGAUCUUUUUAUUAUUCACUUUCUAUGACAAAUGGUGAAGACUAUUACAUGGUUAGUGUAGAAGAAAAGCAAGCAUAUUUCAGA